AUGAUAGCCGCUUGUUGCGUAUGCAGCAGGCGCAAGGAAAGAAGACGUCAGCACGACUUGGAGAUGAGAAAAUAUAUGGGCGAAGACCGAUCAAGCACAGCGUCCAACAAUGCACAUUCAGCUGGAGCAGGCGCUUCCUCCACAUCACCCUAUGGUCAAGGGACUUAUCCUAGCCAUGGAUAUGCCUACAACAACAAUACAGGCUACAGCUACAACAAGAAUAACGGGAACACGUCGAAUGAUGACAACGGAAUGCCUCCAGCAUACACAGCCAGAGAUGGGGGCUCGACCAACGGAAACAAUACCCAGUCAGGUGGAGGAAUUGGUACGGCAUUGUAG